AUGGAUUCACUUGCACGAGAUGGAAGUGGAGCGACAGAUGGAUUACCUCCACCCCCACCUGUUCCCCCCAAUGUUGUUCCAGAGCAUGUUUCUGAACCACUUAAGAAGAAGGUUCUGCGUGUCCCGAUAGCUAGACGGGGAGUAGGAUCCAAGGGGCAAAAGAUUGCAAUUGUGGCAAAUCACUUUAAAGUGAAUGUCAGCAAUGUUGAUGGGCACUUCUUCCACUAUAGUGUUUCUGUUUCUUAUGAAGAUGGACGCCCAGUUGAAGGCAAAGGUGUUGGACGACGUGUCAUUGAUAGAGUCCAUGAAACGUAUGAUACUGAGUUAGCUGGAAAGGAUUUUGCUUAUGAUGGUGAGAAGAGUUUGCUCACAGUUGGUCCCCUUCCUAGGAACAAACUUGAAUUUACUGUUGUUCUUGAGGAUAUAUCCUCGAACAGGAGUAAUGGCAAACCAGGAAGUCCGAAUGAAAGUGAUAGAAAGAGACUUCGAAGGCCAUAUCAAUCUAAAACUUUCAAGGUGGAGAUAAGCUUUGCCGCUAAAAUUCCCAUGCAAGCCAUUGCAAAUGCAUUACGUGGUCAGGAGUCUGAGAACUCUCAAGAAGCCUUACGAGUUCUGGAUAUUAUUUUGAGACAACAUGCUGCAAAACAGGGUUGCCUACUUGUGCGUCAAUCUUUUUUCCAUAAUGAGCCAAGAAACUUUGCGGAUGUUGGAGGUGGUGCCCUUGGCUGCAGAGGAUUUCAUUAA